AUGAAAAACUCAAUAUCCCAACCCCCUCGGGGGCGCCUGACCCAGCUCGUCUUCUUUGCAUCCGCCGCCGCGGUCGCUUCCGCCGCCAUCAUCAGCAUCGGAGACACAUCGCUCAGUCUGUCCAACUUCCAGCUCAUCGCUGAUCUUUCCGUGCCUCUCGGAUGCCUGUUGGUCUACAACCUUCCCCUCAGCGGAUGCGAAACGACCGACUUUGACAGCAGGAGGACAUGCUCGGCCCAGUGUACCCGUGGGUUGGCGAAGAAGCAAAGCACCCUCCAGCAAGUUUGCGGGUCUGUCCAGGUGCAGUCCAACACGGUCCAGCACUACGAAGGUUGUACUGCCCCCGACCAGCACCGUCUUGCCGCCGCCGCCGCCGCCGCCACCACCACCACCACCACCACCAACACCGCCGCCACUUCCGCCACCGGCAUCUUCCACUCCAGUCGUUCCACCUCCGCCGCCACCGAUUACAACAUCAAUACCAACACCGGCCCAGCCUCCCCCUCCGCCACCACCACCGACUACAGCACCACCGCCGGGAAACACCCCGGCACCGCCAGGACCGCCGCCGCCGCCUCCGCCUCCGGCAACAACUAG